GGAAAGGAUAUGAAGGUCUUAGAAUUAUACAGCGGAAUCGGGGGGAUGCAUUUCGCUCUGCGAGAAAGUGGUAUCCAGUACAAAGUCCUUACUUCGAUUGAUAUAAAUACAGCAGCGAACGAAGUCUACCGCGACAACUUUCCCGAUACUGUAAAUUUGGGCCGCAAUAUACAAUCGUUUGACAUAGAACAGAUAAGAAAGCUAUCUGUAGAUACCAUUCUUAUGAGCCCCCCUUGUCAACCAUUCACCAGAGUUGGUCUAAAAAAGGAUAUAUUGGACAACAGAACGGAUUCUUUUUUACAUGUUUUAGAGUUAAUUCCGCAAAUCGCAACGCUGAAUUAUGUUUUAGUCGAGAAUGUAAAAGGUUUUGAAACCUCGCAAGCCAGGGAUAAAUUAGUAGAAUGUAUCGUUAACUCUGGAUUCAAUUACAAAGAAUUUUUAUUGAGUCCGUGUCAAUUUGGAAUACCCAACACGCGGCACAGAUACUAUAUGAUAGCGAAGAGGAAAGAAUUCCGUUUUUUCUUCACUGAUCCAUCUUUGACAAAAUUUUAUCCCGAGGAAAUAUUAGAAGAUAAUAAAGGUGCUAAGAGAAUUGUAAAUAUUUUAGAAGAUAACAUUGACGAGAACAAUUAUCUUAUUUCUACAAAAAUAUUAGCAAAACAUGCUGGAGUUCUUGACAUUCGUACAGCAGCAUCGACUAAAUCUUGUUGUUUCACAAAAGCUUACGGUCGCUAUGCGGAAGGUACCGGAUCUGUUUUUUGCCCAAUGUCUGAGGAGCUAGUCUCAGAGAAGUUCUUAGAAUCUAAAAUGUACGGAGACGAUGUCAAAAAGAAAGCAGAAGUACUGAGUAGUUUGAAAUUGCGUUACUUUACACCCCGUGAGGUUGCUAGAUUAAUGUGCUUUCCGGAAGAUUUUCACUUUCCAAAGACUACAACGACAAAACAGAAGUACAGACUACUGGGAAACUCAAUAAACGUCUUUGUAGUUUGCCAAUUAAUAAAAUUAUUGAAAUAUGGUGACGCUGACGCGUUGUCUUGAGAUACCAUUAGAAUAAUAUUUCCGUGAUCUUAUGUAAAUAAAAACAUGCAUUUUAUCAAA